UUCCCUCUACCACAGUUUGGCGUGAUAUGCGUCCCGAAUCUGGUAUGCUCGGUUGUGUGGAUCGAAUAAAUGUUACAGUAUUUCUUUGUACGCUCAUAUAGCGUGAUCAGUGAUAGUUUAUACGUUUAUUACGAUUAUCUUGUGAAAUUUCGUGCCUUGUUUUAUCGACGGUUCAUCAUUAUUAUUACGAUGGCUACAAUAGAAUCUUUGUCGUACGAAAUUCUUAUUAUGAUUUUGGAGAAAAUCAGCAUCAAGGACAUCGAGAAUUUUAGUUCUACGUGCAAGAAAUUUAAGCAAACAUCAUGGGGCGAUAAACUUUGGAUGAAAAAGCUCUAUCAGAAAUGGCCUCGUACAAGAAUAAUUUGUGAUAGCAUGACGAGUGAAGAAAAGAUUAUAAAAGAUUAUAAAGCAGUCGUAAAAUGUGUAAAAGAAAUGUACAAUUUAAUAUCCGAAAUACCUAAGGAUAAUUUAAGCGAAACAAACAAGAAAAAAUCGAUGUUAAAAUUUCUGGACAAAACCAGGAAUGAUACGAUUUAUCAAAUCGUUACAUAUGAGCUUGAAGGAAUAAUGCGGCAACAUCCACGGACAAUUGGUUGCGAUUUGACUCAGAGAUAUUACAGCUACUACAUUUUUCGACAACUGAAGUAUUAUCAUCUGAAGCACAGUAUACUAAAAUUUAGAAGUAGACACAGAUAUCAUCAACUUUUGGAAGAAAUGAUUAUUCUUCUGGUGCAAUGGUUCAAUAUUGACAGAAUUAUCUAUUACUCAGACACAAAAACGUUCUUGGACAAUAUUGCAAAAGAGAUAUUGCAAGAUCUUAGAGAAAAACAUCCCUUGCAUUCUAUAUUUGCGAUGUCUGAUGAAUAUUUUAAUCAUUGGCGAAAUUAUAAUACAUUCCAUACAUAUUGGCAUUACGAAGAAAUGAAGACGAUUUUGAUUGCAAUCAAAGAAUUUUUGUCUGAUCGAUCGAAUUACGGUAGAAUAUAUCAAGAAUUAUGGAUAAAUUUAAAUCCACAUGUAGGUGAUGAAGUUGAAUUUAUUGUUUUAAGAAGAAAAGAAAUAUUUUUUCUAGCAAUAUAUCAUGCUAUAUUGCGAAGAGUUGGAAUACACUCCGUUGUAAAUUUCAACGGCUUUGAACUUCAAAUUUUUCUUAAAUCAAACCUAGAAUAUUUUUAUGUGAGACACAAGGAUGGUCGAUUCGACAUAGAUGAUCGUAUUCGAAGAUAUGAUCGUAUCCGAAGAGAUGUUCCUAUAAGAAGCUAUAUUGGAAUAGAGUUCAUUUUUGAUCCAAAUAUUUUCAAUUUGUCUAUUAAUGUUCCAUUAAAUGUGUUACAGGUAGAACCGACAUUACUUAAGUUUUGGUCAUCUGAGUCAAUACAAGAUUUGCAGCAUACAUGGGAAACAGAUCAGGAUGUCACUUACCCAGACAUAUUAAAUAUAAAAUGGGAAUCUAUAUCAUCUAAGAUUAUAAAAAGGAGCAAACCAGAAAGAAGAUCGGCAGAACUAAAGUUUGUAAUUGGAACGAUCGUAAACCAUAAAUGUAAUGAUGAUACUAAUAGAAUUCAUUGUGGGGUUAUAGUUGGUUGGCACUAUUAUUUCAAUGGCUUACCUUUCAAAAUAUUUAAUAGACCUAAUAUCAUCAAAUUUUGCAAAUAUAAGAACUGUACAGAUUCUACGUGUUUGACGCAUAAACCAUACUACAUAAUUUUCUGUGACAAUAACGAAUACUGUUAUGUACGACAAGAGAAUAUAUUGAUAUUUUCUUCACCACCAUUUAUCGUACAUGACGAGAUAGGACGAUAUUUUUCUAAAUUAUUUUUCUGCGAACGUCCUUAUUAUGUACCGAAUGAAAUGCUAGCAAGAUAUUAUCCAUGUGACGUCGCUAUAAUUAACGAAAUGAUGCAUAAUUAAUAGUUUAUGUUACAUUAGAAGAUUUAGGAUAUAUACACGAAUACUUCAAACAUUUUUAUGCAGGAAUUACAAAUAUUAUAAUAUAAUAAAAAUAUUCUGUAUAGAAAUAUUUAUAUUGCUUUUAUAUACAAAUACUUAUUUGAUUUUUCUUAUUUUCUCCUAUUUGGAUAUGUGUAUUAAGAUAGAUAAAACUUAAUUUAAUUUUUAUGUUUAUUAUAUAAAAUAAGGUCACACUUCUCAUCUUCUUUUAAUAACAUUGAAUCGUAAAUAAAAAACUUUAUAAAUAUUGUUCAAUGUCAGAUUUUAUAAGACAAGUACAGAAAUGUGCAAAGUAUUGCUGAAUUGGAGAGUCUUGCGUUUAAUCGAAAAAUAAAUAAAAGAAAGUUGUAUAAAGA